UGUGUUGAGUCUCUGCCUUACAGAGAUUCUUCUACUUCUGUAAACACAGUUCGCCGGUCAGAUCUUUUGCCUCAAUAAGGCAGUGCUCCUCACUUUUUUGCCACUGUUAACCCUUUGUUCCCCACCCAAAUCAUUUGUCCCUUGCACUGGGUAAACAAAGCGUAACCAAGGGAGACGUGCGAUCACAAACGUUUAAGUGAGGAUUCGCACCAUGAAUCUUCACAUGACAUCAUCCAGGAUCCAGCGACGAAGAGGAGGAGAGGCGGCUGAAGGUGACAGAGAUGGAUGAAACCGAGACCUGACGUGAUUCUCCCUCCUCCUCCUCCUCCUCCUCCUCCUUCAUCCCUAUUUGGGUGGUUCGUGUAAACUCUCUCCAAACAUGUGUCCUUGCGAAGUGCAGCAGUGUGAGGUGUGAUGCCAGGGCUGAGCGCUCACCAGCUCCACAUCUGAAGGAGGUUCGAGAAGAGAGGAGAACCCAGAGAGCACCCUGCAUCCUGAAAACAGUUUCUGUCAGGAUUCACUCGACAUGGAGUCAAAGCCUGAUGGAGCAGCAUCGUUGAGCUGCGAGGAGCUGGCUGCUGUUGAGGAUGAAGAAGUUCUCAAUAAGAUGCUGGACAACGCGACAGAUUUUGAAGAGAGGCGGAUGAUUCGUGCUGCGUUAAGGGACCUGCUGAAAAAAAAGAGAGAUAAACGGGAGCAGGAUCGAGGGUCGAGGCAGCAGGACUUGAGACAGCAGGGUCUGAGCAAAGGGGGGACAACAGGCGGAGGUGUUAGCGUCGGCAGAGCGUCCAUGAACCAGCAGCCAACAACAAACAGUGAGUCUGAUUUACUCCGAGACCACAUUCUGCUUUCGGUUUCAAUAUUGUACUUUCAUUUCAUUCCCUCCAUCUUCUCAGAAGCACCCGGCCAGUCCUCAGCAUCCGGUCCCUUCAACAGGACGGCAGGCGGCAAGGCCGGUCCCGCUUCAGCCCAGCAAUGUCCUCCUGCUGCAGCACCCAACGCUAAAAAUGUCAAACAGAUGCUUCUGGACUGGUGCAGGGCCAAAACAGAGCCUUAUGAGGGGGUGGACAUCCAGAACUUCUCCUCCAGCUGGAAAGACGGCAUCGCCUUCUGCGCCCUGGUGCACCGGUUCUUCCCCGACUCGUUUGAGUACUCCAUCCUCAACCCCAACCAGCACAAGGAAAACUUCCAGCUGGCCUUCAGCACUGCAGAGAGGCUGGCGGGCUGCCCCCCUCUGCUGGACCCUGACGACUUGGUCCGGAUGAGAGAACCCGACUGGAAGUGCGUGUACACCUACAUCCAGGAGUUCUACCGCUGCCUGGUGGAGAAGGGCCUGGUCAAGACCAAAAAGCGGCCAUAGACUCAUUCGUGAUUGGCUGUGAUUUCCCUUUUUUACCAUUACAUUACUACAGCUGAUGUAAAAAAGAAAAAAAAGAGAGAGAGAGGGAAUGUCGUGCAGCUUUUUCAACGUCCUGCCUUUGAUCUAUUUGAUGCAUCUGCGUCAUUUGAAUGUAAAUCCACGGUGCCUAAUGUGCAGCAUUUGUAUCGGCUUGUGUGUUAGCAGGGACUUACGGGUGUCUAUGUGGUCUCGGUGGACAGCUGGUGCUGCACAUCAGUACAUUCCACUGAGAUUACACAUCUGUAUUAAUCCCAGUCAGAGCCAUAGAGAAUCUGACUUUUAUGAUGACGCUGUCGAAGGCCUGGGAGUGUGAGUAUUACAGAUCCAUUCAAUAAAUAUCCUUUUUAUCAUA